AGAUUAGUUACGGAGAAAGAAGAAAAUAAUGUCCAUGAGUCCACGAGCGGAAGCACGAUCAAAGAUGGAGAUCGAGGCCCCCCCGACCCUCUAAAGCGGCACUGUAGAAACUUAUACUGUGAACGACGACACGCGGAUUCAAAGAGCAUCAAGAUAGACGCACGUUGUUCGGUCAGCACGCGGCCAGAGGCUGCACCAGGUAUGGAGCUCCGCGUCGGCAGCAGAUACCGACUCGGACGAAAAAUCGGGAGCGGUUCCUUCGGCGACAUUUAUCUAGGCACCAACGUCUCUACAGGCGAAGAAGUCGCCAUCAAGCUGGAAUGCAUAAAAACACGACAUCCACAAUUACACAUAGAGUCAAGAUUCUACAAGAUGAUGCAGGGUGGUGUUGGGAUCCCUACCGUAAAAUGGUGCGGAUCAGAGGGUGAUUAUAACGUAAUGGUGAUGGAGUUACUAGGCCCAUCAUUAGAAGAUCUUUUUAAUUUUUGUUCUCGUCGGUUCACACUCAAAACGGUUCUACUUCUAGCGGAUCAAAUGAUAAGCAGAACUGAUUUCAUUCAUAGUCGUAAUUUUAUCCAUCGCGAUAUUAAACCUGACAAUUUUUUAAUGGGAUUAGGAAAAAAAGGUAAUCUUGUGUACAUUAUAGACUUUGGGUUGGCGAAAAAGUAUCGUGAUGGUCGCACUCUUAGGCAUAUACCUUAUCGAGAAAACAAGAAUCUCACAGGAACUGCACGAUAUGCAAGUAUAAAUACACAUAUGGGAAUUGAACAAUCCCGGAGAGAUGAUCUCGAAUCAUUAGGUUAUGUGUUUAUGUACUUUAAUAUUGGUAGUUUACCGUGGCAAGGACUUAAGGCAGCUACCAAGAGACAAAAAUAUGAACGAAUAUCUGAGAAAAAAAUGUCAACACCUAUCGAUGAACUUUGCCAAGGAUAUCCUGUUGAGUUUGCAAAGUACCUUAGGUACUGUCGACAGAUACGUUUUGAAGAGAGACCAGACUAUUCAUAUUUACGGCAGCUAUUUCGCACGCUUUUUCAUCACGAGACUUUCACCUAUGAUUAUGUUUUUGACUGGAAUAUGCUCAAGUUUGGUAAUGCAAGACAACAAGCAUUACCAGCGGCACAACAGGCGCCUACUCAUUCACAGCCAGCUAAUGUUCCACUAUCUUCAGGAACUAAUAACGAACAAGAACACCCGUCUAGGGUUUACACACGCCAAUGUCUUGCAAAUGCUUCGGGUACAGCAGGUGGACCAACAGUAAGCACUUCUGGAUGUCGACAGAAGCCUGAAGCAGAUCAAGAGGACCAAGAGAAGGGCGAUCUUCAAGCAACCGGUAAGGAACUUCAUAACUAUCGAGCGAGCAGCAUGCGAGUGCAUCGUAGACAAGCGCCAAAAUUAAUGUAAUCUGUGUGCUACGAUUCUAGUGUGAAACAAAAUUGUGUUGAACAUAUGAUGAGGAAAAUAAUAAUUCUUUCAAAUAUUCUGCUGCAAAAUAGAAUAAAGGGAAGCAAAAGUAAUUCUUUUAUCGUAGCAAAACGGACUUCGAAGCUCAUGAUAAAAGAUUUUGCUCGAAAAUAAAAAGGGCUGACAAGAUUAAUGAUAAAAAAUCAUUCAUUCUUUUCAUGGAGAAAAAUCUUUAUUAUCGUAAAGGUAAAAAUUUAUAUAAAAAUAUCUUGAGUACAUAAUAUCAAACUGAAACGUGAAAUUUUAGAGAAAGAUGGUUACUCAAUUACUUUUCCGCUCGUUUACUUGAAAAUAAAGUAAAAGUGGUAGAUCGUUUAUUUACAGACUUGAUAAACAAUAUUUAUAAA